CAGCUAAGGUUACCAAAUUUGCUUGUUCCUGUCUCGACGAUGCUCAAGUAGGUCCUUGGCAACUUCCUGGCGUGACUCUGUUUGUAAAUUUGUUCCCAUUGUACAAGCACAAACAGGACGGUGAGACGUGAUCAGAAAGCGCUAGUAACUGUCAGAGUCACGAUGGGUUUUGGAUAUAUGGAUAGGUCGCAAAACUGCAUGGCGACGGUAUGCGGAUGAGUCGCUUGCAUUCUGAUGAGCUUCGCGCUCUCGCCGCUGGCGGUGUGUGCUUCCUCCAUUGGAUGUCAGGGAAUAGAAUCAAUCUGGGUGCAGGAAAACCAGUCAGGAUAGUCAGCACACGAAAGAAAGAGUCAAUGAUGUUCUUGUCACAGAAUGGUGGGACGAGCGUGGAAGCUGAGGAAGCGCCUUGGAGAGCUCGAUGGAGAUGGGGGCAACACAACGACCGUACAAUGAAAGUGGGGGUGAGUCGUUGGCUCUUUUCCACCCGCAGCUCUCAUUUCUUCAUUUGGUCUCUUCCAACGCCUUCAUUCAAUUCCAUACAUUCACCUUUCGCCGUUCACGAUCUCCAGUGUUCUCCUUCCACUACCAAUCCAAGGGAGCCCUACGUCAGUUGACGUUGAUGCUCGCACUGGAUCUCCCCCUUUUGGAGGUCAUUCAAUAUUGACGCUCGACGUUUACGUCCCUUGCGCUCCCCCCGGGCCUGUGGCGACACUGGUCGCGCGUGCACGCGUUGAUGCUGAACUCAG